GCGCGCGCGAGAGAGAGUGUGCACGAGACUGAAGGGCUUUAUGGAUUUGUUUGCCGUAUAAUCCUGGAUGGGAGAGCGGAACCGCCAUCUGUUUCCUCCACAUGAGCUGAAGACAGAGGCAGACACAUCCUCUCAAUCCUCUUCAUCAUCGCUGAGGUGUGAGGAGGCGCAGAUCUGACUCGAUCCGGACCGGCUUCAGCUGAUCUCCUCGGGACUCUGCACCGGACCUGAAUGGACAGAGCCCUGAAGACUGUCGGAGUGACUCCUCACCUUCAUCAGUAGCCUCCCCAUCAUCAUCAUCAGCAGCAGCAGCAUCAGGACCGAAACGCGUUUGUGCCGUAGUGAGACAGAGUGUCCCUGGCGGGCCGCCGUCGCGAUGGGCGAGAACAUGUCGAAGCGGCUGAAGCUGGUCACGGGCUCCGAGGCGGAGAUGGAGGAGCGCAGCUUCAUCAACCCGUUCCCGGACUACAGGGACCACCGGGAGCAACUGGAGCAGCGGGAGCAGGACGCCUCCGGGACCCCGAGCGCUUCGGAGCCACUCGACGCCGACGGGAAGAUCAGUGACGCCUUUCAGAAGAAAGUGCAAAGCAAGAUCAAAGAUCUUCUCCAACAGAUGGAGGAGGGCCUGAAGACUGCAGAUCCACACGACUUCUCCACCUACACGGGCUGGACAGGCAUCGCCCUGCUGUACCUGCAGCUGUAUCGAGGGACACAGGACGCCUCGCACCUGCAGCGCGCUCUGGAUUACAUCAAACGUGCUCUGAGGAACCUGAACGGCCGGCGCGUGUCCUUCCUGUGUGGAGACGCCGGGCCGCUCGCUGUAGGAGCAGUGCUUCAUCAUCUCUUAAAGAACCAGAGCGAGUCCCAGGAGUGUCUCACCAAACUGCUCCAGCUCCAGCGUUCUGUGCUCAGUCCAGACUCAGAUGUUCCUGAUGAGCUCCUGUACGGACGAGCCGGUUACCUCUACGCCCUGCUGUACCUCAACAAAGAGCUCGGGCCAGACACGGUGGACCAGACCACCAUCACAAAGGUGGUGACAGCUAUUCUGGAGUCGGGAAAGAACUUGUCUAAAGAGGAGAAGAAGGCGGAGCGCUGCCCGCUGCUGUACGAGUGGCACAAGAAACCGUAUGUGGGAGCAGCUCACGGUCUGGCAGGCAUCUACUACAUGCUCCUGCAGCCGAGUGCUAAAGUCAGUCAGGACAGUCUGAGUGAGCUGCUGCGGCCCAGUGUGGAUUACGUGCGGCACAAGAAGUUUCGCUCGGGUAAUUACCCAUCAUCCCUCAGCAACGAGACGGACAGACUGGUGCACUGGUGCCACGGAGCUCCUGGAGUGAUACAUAUGCUCAUCAUGGCUCACGGAGUCUUCAAGGAGGAGAAGUACCUGCGAGACGCAGCUGAGUGUGGAGAGGUGAUCUGGCAGAGAGGUUUACUGAGGAAGGGUUAUGGACUCUGUCACGGCACGGCGGGGAACGGAUACGCCUUCCUCUCGCUCUACCACGCCACACAAGACAAGAAGUACCUGUACCGGGCCUGCAAGUUUGCUGAAUGGUGUCUAGACUAUGGGACCCACGGCUGCCGUAUUCCUGACCGCCCGUAUUCCCUCUUUGAAGGUAUGGCAGGAGCCAUCCAUUAUCUCUCAGAUGUGGUCCAGCCGGACGGCUCUCGUUUCCCUGCUUUUGAACUUUGACUUGUGCGUUUGGAAGCAUAGACUGUUACUCUUUUUAGGAGCUUGACAUGCUUUUACAUGCUGGUGCAGUUACAUCGCUCUGGACCGACCCUUUAAAAUGAAGAAGACCAUUUCUUCCUCCUCAUGGACACAAAAAACCCAACCUUCAGCCUAUAAUUUGAAAGAAUGCCGCCUUGAGUUCGGUCGUCGUAGCUUGUAGUCUUUAUCAGUAUGCGGCUGUUUUCUUUUGUAUAAUAUUUAAUGCUAAAGUAUUAUUUUGUUCUGGUCAUCUUCCAGCACCGCAGUGUUUCUUGCAUCUGCAUGCUUGUUGGUUAUCAGCAGUGCCUCGAAGCGAUGUCUGUCGCGCACUGGAGCGUUUGUCUGUGUGUUCUUUGUCUUUGCAUGAGGAUGGCAGCACGUGCUCAUGUCAGAAUGUGUCAGUGUCUCUGUAGGUAAAUGUAUCCAGCUUCCUCAUGCUGUGGUUGUCAAGUCUGUACUGUGCGUAUGUCAGUGUUUCGUUCCAGUCGCCGUUGAUUAAAUGUCUUGAUGAAAGAAAGAAUCCAUUAUACCUGAAUGAAAGAUCUGGUAAAUAUUGUUUCCUCAGGCAAAAUGUGUAAUGAAUGUCACAAUAAACUGGUGUUUUUCUGAA